CCUUUAUAUCUUUACGUCAAACAUGUCACUCCUGUCAGCUGUCAUUAACAUAAUUAAAAUGUCUUCAUGUUCACAGUGAGCUGCUACACCUUCCACCCGCUAGCGUCGCGGUACGUGAGGCUCCGGCGACGCGUGCACGUGGUCUCCGAGUGGAUGGUGUGCGUGAUGGCCACCGUGUGCUGCCCCUGCUGCACCGCCAUGCCGCUCGCCUCGUCUGCAUCUUGUUAUAGUAAAGCUUCUGAGCUGUUGGAGACGGUCCAAAAGCCAGUGAUCGAUCCAGGCCGGACGAGUGGGGAGCCGUUCCGCCCUCAACACAUCACAGUGGACUUCACUCCUGGCGCUGAGGACAGCUCCGCAGUGGAGGACAAGUGCUACCAGUUCUGGGAGUUCGUCACCAGCCAGCCGGAGCUAGAUGCCUUCACCGUACAACCGGAUAGCGAGAUUUCUUUACCCGACACCACAUACAUCGUAUCACGUCAAGAACCACACAACGACGUAGAAAACCAACAGCAUUACCCGGCUAUACACGCAAUGAGAAAAAUGGAAGAUAAAGGUGCAGUAGACGCUGCGCUCAAUAUUGCCACUACCAGCAAACGAUAAUUGAUUUAUUUUUGUAGUUAAUUUUGUUUUCUUUUGUUUUUAAUUUUAUUUUUAUUGUUAAUGUUUU